GGGAGGAGGACGGCAAUGAAGCUGGGAGCGCUUGCCUGUAUCGCUUCCCUUGUAACUCUCACCUUCAUCUCGCCUCAUCACCGUGCAACUUCGCUCCUUUCGACCAGGAGGUCGGAGACAAACCUUGGCUCCCUAUUGAGAUCUGCAGAGAAACAGGUUGACGUCCUUCAAGCUGAGGCGCCCCGGGGCCUCGUGGCUCGUGCCUUUCCCAAGGAAGAGGCUGAGCUGAGCGAUUUGUAUUCUAGAACGGAGAAGGGCCUCCAGUCCAUCGAGAAAUAUUCCGAGGCCAACGCCUUGAUUUCUAAGCCUCAGGCUCACAAGCAAGCUCGGACAGGCUCCCUCGCGCAACUCCCCCGUGGACGCUCAAAGCUGAGCGACUUUGUGGGCAAGGCAAGUCAGACCAUUGCUGCGCUUGAGGCUCAGCUUCCUCCUGCGGAGCGCAGGGCAUUUCCUCGCGAAACUGCUGAGCUACAAAAGACGCUCAAUGCUGAGCUCAACAGCCUGGCCAAGAUCAAGGGAUCGGUCGACCGUCGUGCUCGUGGAAUGCGCAUCGCUCACGGCCAGAUGAAAGCUGCACUGAAUGAGCAAACCGCGCAAGGAAAGCUCGAGGAGAACUUUCAGAAGGACAUCACUGAGAAUCGCAAACUCUCUGGCACGGCUGAUGUUGACUCCGUGCUCGACACUUUGAACGGAAUCUCUCCAUCAAAGAAGGCUGGAGUUCAGUCGCUGAGUGCCGUCAAACCUGACAACAAGAAAGCUGCUCCUGGCAAGAAGGCAGCUCCUGCCGCCGGCAGCAAGCAGCAGAGGCGACCAGCCAGACCCACUGUGCCGACUUCGCCUGUGGAGCGCUGGGGAGCUGUUUACGAUCCAACGCUGAAGUGGCGGCAGGGAAGUGGAAGCGAGCUGGAGGGUCCUGCUCAGCGCUACUUCAAGGAGUACUCCAAGGAGGCUACGGAUGCCCUCAAUGUUCACGAUCCAGCAAAGGACAUCAAAGGGAAGGGCGACUGGUGGACGGCAGGCUCCGCAAAGGAUAGCUGGUGGCAGCACGAUCACACAGGACGAGGAUACUAGAGUCGUUGUUGUGUCCUGCCUGAUCUUCUCGCUGUGCUGAUAAUGAAUGUAUUGCAUUCCCACAC